AUGAUUAUCUGUCUCGCGUCGCUACUGGCUUUAAGAGGCGGUGAUGUUCCUAGUCGCGACUCGGUCGCCGGCGGUGGGAUUAGUCGCCGUGGAGGAUCGUUGGGGAGUGGCGGCGUGAUUGGCGGCGUGGCUCGCGGCGGGAAUGGCGGCGUGGGAGGAGGGGAGGAGUUUAAAGUGGACUUAUGGGUGGAGCGAGAGAUGCUGCUACAUGCCGAGACUGUGUACCAGGACAACAUGCGCCGUAGAUCGGAGUUCUUUGGUGGGCGAUCUCAGCCGUUGGAUUUGGAGAUGCGGCAGGAGCUGGAGAGUGUGCUGGUGGCGGUCUACCCCUGCCCCAUGGAGGAGCGCCUGGGGAUAUGGGCGGACGGGGGGAAGGUAUGUAUGGGAAGCAUAGGGUCUAAUGGGGAGUACACAUUCGAAAGAGAUAUAGCUUCUCGCCUGCACACAAGACCAUUUACAUUCGACCCGUUCCUAGACCCUGCGAUGGAACACACCAUGAUGCGCCUGCCCUUCCUGUCGUUUGAGGCCGUCGGAUUGGCGGCGAAAUCUACGGUGGAGCAGUGGAAGGCGGAGACCAAGGGGAAGGCGUUUAUGACUCUAGAACAGGUCAUGCGGAAGCACAACCACACGCAUAUUGAUGUUUUCAAGAUCGAGUGCGAGGGCUGUGAAGCGGUGGUGCUGUUUGACAUUCUGCCCGCUGCUGCCGUGCCACAUGCCUUCUUUGUGCUCUUCCCCCACCCCCCCCCCCCUCCCUCCUCUCCAACCCUCCUCCAGGUCAUGCGGAAGCACAACCACACGCACAUAGACGUGUUCAAGAUCGACUGUGAGGGGUGCGAAGCGGUGGUGCUGUUUGACAUUCUCCCAGCUGUUGGCGUGCCAGAGGGCACUCGCCCCUUGCCCCUCGGGAGUCCCCCCAUUGGCCAGCUGAUCAUUGAGUUCCACGAUGUGGGCAAUCCCAGCAAGACACUGUUCAUGGUGUACCAUUUGGAGAAGAUGGGGUAUUGCAUUUUGUCCCUUCCCCCCCAGCCCCCCACUCACACUAUCCUCCCUUCCUGUGCUCUGCCUCUACCACUUCAUCUUGGCAGUGUGGGCAACCCUAGCAAGACACUGUUCAUGGUGUACCAUUUGGAGAAGAUGGGGUAUCGAAUAUUCCAUGUGGAGCAGAACGCUCAGCACCCAGAGUGCUGUACUGAGAUCUCCUUUAUUCAUGAAAGCCUGGUGUAUUGCAAAUGA